CUCCAUAUCCCUCCCUCUCUUUCUUCACACCCAAGUAUGACUAAAGUUAAGAAUUCAAUGAAACGAAAAGAAAAGUAGAGCUUUAUACCCCCACUCCACGCUGCUCCUCCGCGUUCCCCUCUCCCCCUCUCCCCCUUCUCCCUCGCUUUUCCUGUUCUCUUUCUUCACUAAAAGAAACAAAGAGAGAGAGAGGCUGCCUGCGCAUAAAGAGAGAGAGAGAGAGAGAGGGUGUGUGACCACCAUGUGUUCGCUUUAGGUUCUUGUGCAUUGUAACGGUGUGGGUCGUUACGGUGAGUACGGUCGCCGCCCCCUCCCCACCAUGGCUCCUCCCCCGGUCUGGCUCCGCCUCCUCGCCAGCGCCAUCCUGCUGCUGGCUUGCCUCCCCGGCGGGGCCCCGGAUCUGGCGGCUGACGCCGCGGCUCUACUCGCCUUCCGCGAAGCCGUCGGCCGGUCGGCGCUGCCGACGUGGAACUCCUCCGCCCCUGGCGCGCUGUGUUCCUGGCAGGGUGUCGCUUGCGAGUCCGGCCGCGUCGACGAGCUCCGCCUACCUGGCGCCGGCCUCAUCGGGCAGAUCCCCGCCGCCCUCGGCAACCUUACCGCCCUCCACACCCUCAGCCUUCGGUUCAACGCGCUCUCCGGACCUCUCCCUCCGGAGCUCGCCGGCCUCACCGAGCUCCGGAACCUUUACCUCCAGGGCAACGACUUCUCCGGCGAGAUCCCGCCCUUCGUCUCCUCCCUCAAGAACCUCGUCCGCCUCAACCUAGCCGGUAACAAGUUCACCGGCGGGAUCCCGUUGGCGCUCAACAACCUCUCCCGCCUCGGUACGCUCUACCUCGAAAACAACCGGCUAACCGGCGAGAUCCCGGCCCUCGACUUUCCCAACCUGGUCCAGUUCAACGUGUCUUACAACCAGCUCAACGGAUCGAUUCCCGCCAAGCUCCGCUCCCAGCCGGCUACCGCGUUUCUGGCCACGGGCCUCUGUGGCGGCCCCCUCGGGCGGUGCCCCGGCGAGAUCUCGCCGUCUCCGACGGCAGAGGGGCCGGCCGCGGGCAAUGCCGACGGCGCGGGGGAGAACGACCACAGCAAAAAGAAGAAGCUCUCCGGCGGCGCGAUCGCAGGGAUCGCGAUCGGCGCCGCGGCCUUGUUGCUGAUCGUGCUCGUCGUGCUGAUCCUUCUCUGCCGGGGAAAGAAAGCGCGGUCGUCGGAGGCAGCAACCGCGGGCGGAAAGCAGAUGGAGAUGGGAGCUGCAGCAGAGCCGAGGGACAAGAGUCUAGGCGAGGGUGGAGCGAACGGGAACGGCGUUGCGGCGGCGGGUCCAGCGGUGGAUGCUGCGUCGGCUGCCGCCGGGGGCAAGAAGCUGGUGUUCUUCGGCGAGGGAGGGACGAGGCCGUUCGACCUGGAGGACCUGCUGCGGGCGUCGGCGGAGGUGCUGGGGAAGGGCACGUUCGGGACCGCGUACAAGGCGGUGCUGGAGACGGGGAUGACGGUGGCGGUGAAGCGGCUCAAGGACGUGAACCUGCAAGAGACGGAGUUCAGGGAGAAGAUGGAGGCCAUCGGGGCGAUAGACCACCCCAACCUGGUGCCCCUGAUGGCCUACUACUUCAGCAAGGACGAGAAGCUCCUCGUCUACGAGUACAUGCCGAUGGGGAGCCUCUCUGCCCUCCUCCACGGCAACAGAGGAUCCGGUCGAACACCUUUCAACUGGGAAACAAGAACGGGCAUUGCCCUUGCAGCGGCACGCGGCAUCGAGUACAUCCACUCCACAGGUCCUUCAGCCGCGCAUGGCAACAUCAAGUCCUCCAACAUCCUCCUCACCAAGUCAUACCAAGCCCGGGUGUCCGACCACGGCCUCGCCCUCCUUGUGGGUUCAGCCUCUGCCACCGCCCGCGUCGCCGGGUACCGGGCUCCAGAGGUCACCGACACCCGAAAGGUCUCCCAGAAGGCCGACGUGUACAGCUUCGGCGUCCUCCUCCUCGAGCUGCUCACCGGCAAAGCCCCCUCGCAGGCCCUCAACGACGACGGCUUCGACCUCCCGAGAUGGGUGCAGUCGGUGGUGAAAGAGGAAUGGACCGCAGAGGUGUUCGACCCGGAGCUUCUGAGGUACCAGAACGUGGAGGAGGACAUGGUGCAGCUCCUUCAGCUUGCCACGGACUGUGCGGCACAGUAUCCCGACAAGCGGCCUUCCAUGCCCGACGUGGUGGCUCGCAUCGAAGCCAUCUCGAAGUCGAGGAGCCUCGCGUCGUCCUACCAAGACCAACCGAGCAUCGAAGACGGCGACGGCAUGUCUCCCAGGCCAUAAUUAUCAAGCUACUUGAGAAACAAUUUAUGCACUCCGAGCAUUAUUUUGCGUUCAUUUCUUGUGAUUAAGCUAUUUGUUACAUGCUGUUUGUUACUUUGUUGCUGUUCAAACUUGUAGAAGGAGGGUUCGGACAGUGUGUGUCGGAUAGAUUACUUGUGUCGAAGUCACUCAUAGCUUUUCUUAUCAUAUCUGUUCUUCUGUCUC